AGCCAGAUAACAAGUGCAGAUAGCAGUGAUAGCACACAUAGCUCUGGCCUUGUAGCCAACCAUGGCCAUGCGUUCUGCCUCUUGCAUUUCUCUGGUGGUGCUCGUGGCUCUGGCCACGGCGGCCACGGGGCAGCUCUCGUCGACGUUCUACGACACGUCGUGUCCCAGGGCUCUGGCCACCAUCAAGAGCGGCGUGGCGGCCGCCGUGAGCAGCGACCCCCGCAUGGGCGCGUCCCUGCUCAGGCUUCACUUCCACGACUGCUUUGUCCAAGGCUGUGAUGCAUCUGUUCUGCUGUCUGGCAUGGAACAAAACGCGGGUCCGAACGUGGGGUCGCUGAGAGGCUUCGGCGUCAUCGACAGCAUCAAGACCCAGCUGGAGAGUAUAUGCAAGCAGACCGUCUCCUGCGCCGACAUCCUCACCGUCGCCGCCCGCGACUCCGUCGUCGCCCUUGGAGGGCCGUCAUGGACUGUUCCACUUGGGAGACGGGACUCCACCACCGCAAGUGCGGCGCUGGCGAACAGCGACCUCCCUGGCCCUGGCUCCAGCCGGUCACAGCUCGAGGCCGCGUUCCUCAAGAAGAACCUUAACACGGUCGACAUGGUCGCGCUCUCAGGCGCGCACACCAUCGGGAAGGCCCAGUGCUCCAACUUCCGGACUCGAAUCUACGGCGGUGACACCAACAUCAACACCGCCUUCGCGACGUCUCUCAAGGCCAACUGCCCCCAGUCCGGCGGCAACGGCAACCUGGCGAACCUGGACACGACGACGCCCAACACGUUCGACAACGCCUACUACACCAACCUCCUGUCACAGAAAGGGCUCCUGCAUUCGGACCAGGUGCUCUUCAACAACGACACCACCGACAACACCGUCCGCAACUUCGCAUCCAACGCGGCGGCCUUCAGCAGCGCCUUCACGACGGCGAUGAUCAAGAUGGGAAACAUCGCGCCGCUCACCGGGACGCAGGGGCAGAUCAGGCUCAGCUGCUCCAAGGUGAACUCGUGAUUGACCUACACGUCGGCAGCUCGCCAGAACGACACGUCAACGAAUAAGGCCCCAGAAGCAGUGGCCAGUACCGAUUAUCAUACCAGCACUUGAAACAUGUAUAUUUCUCUAAGUAUGUGCAGCAGCAAAUCAUGCAUGUACCUACAUAUGUAACGACGGUUGAAUCCUCAAUUUCUCUUGCGAAGGCAAGGAGAAUUACCAUCAACCCUACCUUAUUACACUCGCACACGGAAUGAAGAUGCACACUUGCCUGAUGACA